UCUGUCAGAUCUAUUUUGUGUUUUGUUGUGGUUUCAAGGCAUCGCUAAAAAUUGCUCUAUCGUUCCGUAAGAGCGCUUCAAACCUUUCCUCGCAUCAGUUAACCAAUCGUUUUAGUGCACGAUACCGUAAAUCAUCAAAACUUGCAAACAAAACAAAAGCAACCCACUGUGAACCUUGUUACACUUGCCAACCAAAGAGAGACAUCCAGUGCGGCAGUUAAUUGACCACAAAGAUGUCAUCGGACGAGGAUGAAGACAUGUAUUACAAUCCUGACACGCCGGAAGAAUCAACCAAAACCAGCAUUGUACCGGCACUAUCAAAGAACAAAUACCAAAAAGCGUACGACGACUUCCAGAAGUGGAAUAAAUUGAAGGGUGGCACACCAGUGACGCAAAAGAUUCUGCUGAAAUAUUUCACGGAUUUGGCGGAGAAACACAAACCGACCACACUGUGGGCGUACUAUUCGAUGCUAAAGGCCACUUUGCGAACAAACGACAACUUGGACAUAACUUCAUGGUCACAGUUGUUGGACUUCUUGAAACGGAAAAAUGCUGGAUACAAACCCGUCAAGGCGACCUGCUUCACGGAAACUCAAUUGGAAACAUUUAUGAACGAAGCACCCGACACCGAGUGGUUGGAUGUGAAGGUAGCCACCAUAUUUGGAUUGAACGGUGUCUAUAGCGGGCACAAACUAGUGAACAUUCAAAUCGAACAUGUGAAAGAGUACGAGAACUAUUAUUGGGUGUUAAUGCCCAACGCCGAAAUCAACCAGUCGUUCACAAUAACCGGCUCGUAUUUUGCCAUUGUAAAACGAUAUGCCGCUCUGCGUCCGAAAAAGACUCUCACAAAUCGCUUCUUCGUACAUUACGCCGAGGGUAAAUGCACCGAAUUUCCGACCGGACAAAAUCAAUUCUAUAAAAUGCCCCGCAGAAUAGCAAAUUAUCUGAAACUACCCAAACCGGAAUCAUUUUCAGGAUCGUCAUUUCGACUGGCUUCAGCAACUGAAUUCCUUGCAAGACAAUCAGCUCGCAUCAGACCAUUCGAUGUGCCGAAUACCGAUGCCAGUAAUUCGUGCAGUAUGGCCGAAACAUAUAGCGAAGAGAACAUCGAUCAACCAGUCGAAUAUUCGUUAGAUUAUGAAACCGGUCUCAUGAAGACAUGCUUCAACAGUUUCACAACUCCACCGAUGUCGGUUGCCAGCAAUGGCAUUGAACACACGGCCGAGCAUGUGUGCACCAACAAUUGCAACUACGUGAGAUGUGCGAAAGAAGACAACGAAAAGAACGUUUUCCACGCAUUCAGCAUAGCAAAAUCGUCGGACUACGCCAUCACAGAAUUGAUACCCACCCAAUUUCCGUCGGAUCCCACAUGCCGAUGGAUGGUGGCCUACUCGCAUUUCAAUGAUCCCGUUUCCGCGCACAAUUUGAAAGAGAAAUUCGACGAAAUCACAAAAGUGAUACCGAAAAAUGUGAAAGUGAUCCAGAAGUACAUCCGAUGCAAUUCGUCGAAGCUGUUUGCCGCCUAUGUGGUCGUGUACGGCGUGAAAUGUCGAUGCCAAAAGCCGAUAUUCGGUCCGGUCCCGGUGAAACGGGACGUAUUUCGGAAGUCAAAUUUUGAUCCGCUGUUAGAGCAGGCGCCAGUCGGCUUCACAAAACCAAAUUUUGAUCCACUGUCCGCACAGCCAUCGGAUUCGGAUGACCUAUCAUUUUCAUUUGUUGACAUCAAACAAGAGACGUAAAACUUGAGAGCGGAAAUAAAAAAGGAAAAUAUUUUUGCUGGUACG